GCCUCCCAAUGGAUUCAUCUGAGGUUAACCCAACCUGGACCCUGGAGUCUCCUCAAAUGUCCAUCGAUGAAAAUUCCCAGGCAAUUCCAGUUGCCUCUCAAUCUAUGUCUGAAGUGUUAAUAAAGAACCUCAGUAACUUGACGCUCAACCCUAGUAUCAAAUUGCCAUUCAUUCUGCCAGAAUGUCUACCUCAACCAACUGGGCGGUUACUUGGUGAAAACAUUCCCUAUAGGAGAGGGGUGAGGACCGUGUUAACGGAGAGUAAGAUGGAGCGGCUGAUUCAAUCCAUUAAAAAACGCUACGGCAAAGGAGUUCCUCGGUCUGACUCUGAAAGAGAACCGUGGCAGAAUGAUGUUGAGACUCAGUCAAGAGGGCAAAGAUUUAGAUGUAGCUGUCGUUUUUGCCGGUUUCAUAGAGAUCCUUCUGAGGAUAGUUAUGAGAAUUAUUACAACAAUAAGUAUUACAGUAAUUAUGACACAGAGUCGAAGGAGCCAUAAACCUUAUUCUUGUACUAUUUUUUCUUCCUGGUAAUUUUAGGAUCAUUAUGAAGCUUGGGAAAGAUUGUGUACCAAUAUUUUGAUAACCUAUAUUAUAAGUUCUGUGAUGUCUUUUUUUCUUGCAUCUCUUUUCUACCUUAAUACAGUAACUUAUAAGGAAUCUAUGUAGCUUGCAUUUGAAUGACUUGAAUAUAUUUUAGUUCCACUUUGUGAAACAAAUUAACUUGUGUGGAAGGAAA